AUGGUCAAUUUUGAACAAAUAUUUUCUCUUCUUCGAAUUAUUCUAUUUGCACUUAUUACUUUAGUCGCUUUAAUUUAUGCCAUUCCAAUUAUAUUUAUUCGUCGUUUUCAUCAUCGUAAUAUGAUACUUACACUCAAUAUAUGUUCAGUUACCAUAUUCUGUUCUCUCUAUUGGACUAUCUUUUAUGCAAUAUUACAAUUGAAUCCUUUGCUUAUUUACAAAUUUAUGUUAAAGUCAUGUACAUUCGUAAUGAUUUUCUCAACAUGUAUAACUCUUCAAGUUCCUUUUAGUUUUAUUACAGCUUCAAUUUAUCGUUUUUGUUCUGUAGUAUAUUAUAAUAAGAAUUUAUUUAAAACAAAACAAUGGGUUUUCAUUUGUAUUGUAUGCCAAUGGAUAUUUGGACUUCUAAUGACAUUACCAGUUUUAUUAGGCAUACAACCGUAUUGUGUUACCUCACAAUGGGUAGAAAUAUAUAAGUUGAUAUUUAUUGUCAUUGUUCCAUCAAUUGUUUUUCUUAUUCUUAAUAUUUUCAUAUAUGCUACUGUUCGUUCAUCAUCUCAUCGUAUUCAACCAAGUUCAUUAUCGGUGAUGGGAAACACUUCUAGAAAUGUUCAACAGGAAAGAAUGAGUCGACGUGAUAUUCAUCUGCUUCGACAUAUGAUAAUAAUGUUUUUAAUAUUUAUUGGAGGAUGGACUCCAUUAUAUGCACUAUUUGCUAUUCAAAGUCAAGUUUUAGCUAAUCCAAUGUUGUCUAAAUGCUUUACAAUUUGGUGUCAGUUAGCUUUUUUAUGUGACAUUAUUGAUCUUUAUUUGUACAAUCAUGAACUGAGAAAUUAUCUUAAAACAAUGUUUUGUCGAUGUUUAUAA